CCCGUUGCCCCCUCUUCCCACCCAAGCGCGUUUUUUUCGAUUCGUGCAAGUGGGACCUCGCCCCAAGCGAGGAGGUCUUGAGCUCUCGCCGGCUCAUGACUGCGCCUACCUUAGGCUACCUACAGCAGUACAAAUUGGGAGAAGAGACGUGCCGCCGGCAGAGUUGGAGCAAGACACUCGAGGAGAGAGAACAAGCGACAGAUAGAAUGAAGACAGGUGAUGUUCACUGAACCUCGCUCGCGGACGGCGGGUGACGGAAAGAGACAGACGAGGCGCAGAGUAGCUUCGAUCUUGACCGUCGAGUCGUCGGCCGGCAAUUGGACUAGGGCGAGGGUGAUGAUGCACUCACCGGCUAGCCUGCGCUCUUCAGCAAUGGCGGUCGCAGCGACAGCGACCUCGAAUUCUCGUGCUUUUUGGGUGAACACCCUCCGUCUGCGGGAUAUGUGGAUCAUCCUUUGGGUAUGUGUGCCCUGCUUCCGUCCACUCCCUGCCGGUUGUACCGUCGCCCUUGGGAUCGCCGACGUCCACCAUCAUGGCGAUGGCUCAUCAGCGCCGCACUCAAAGACGAUGAUGGGUAUGGCGAAGCCCCAUGCUCUGGCCGUACAUCGAGCAGCUCUCCUUAACUUCCCUCCUCCUCCUCCUCCUCCUCCUGCUCCUACUCCGUCGUCUAUUCGUUCUGCACCUGUUAUUGCUACUACUGCUACUACGAUUACAACGGUCACAACAACUACGACUGUUGUUUCUUGCUCACGAAAGUUGGCCGUCGGUACGGCGGCGACGUUGGGCCGAUUAGACACUAGUCUUUACUCGCCCUCCCGAGAGCGAUGUCUGCGGCGGGCGAUCCAGAGGUACGCGACAUUGCAAUUCAGAGAUAGAACGAGGAGGAUGGCGCCUAUACUUCUCCGGCUGGCCUUCCACGAUUGCGUGACGAGGAGGUCAGGAGGGAGAAAGGGAGGCGGUUGCGACGGGUCGAUCUUGCUCGAUUCGGAGCUGAGUGCCGAAGCCAACGACGGACUGGUGGGAACCACGCAGGUCAUCGAUGACAUUCGUCGGAGGAGCGGCCGGGCCUGUGGCGGAGUGGUCCCCACACGAGCGGACACCAUCGCUGCUGCCGGAAUCGCUGCGAUCAGCGCCAUGGGCGGCCCAGACGGCUCCGCAUACGGCUUUCGAUUGGGCAGAAGAGACGUGAAUGCGACCGCAAACAUGGGUGGGGGGGCUGGAGAUCCACUCACACUGCCUGAUGCAGAUGAGGCGGUCCCGAUCACCCUCGACAAGGUGCGACAGACCGGGCUUAGCGACGAGGAGGUGGUGGUACUCACGCUCCUCGCUCACAGCGUCGGUGUCGCUCACUGCGACCACCUUGUCCGUCGCGUGGGCAGCAACUGCAAGGCCCCUGCGGACCCUUCCCUCACGCCACAGCACGCCUGCUUCCUCGCUAAGGCAUGCGAGAGCGGCAAUCGAACGGAAGUCCAAUUCGAACGCCGGACGCCUUUCAAGCUGGACGACUUGCAUCUGGCACUCAUCUACAGUCAACAAGCGAAUCUGAGGUUCGAUCAGAGCAUGAAGACGCACCCCAGGACGGCAGCCAUCCUGCUCAAGUACUGUAAGCUCUCGCCGGCUUGCAGAAAAGCCGCGGGUCUCAAGCCACCUCCGUCUUCUGGUGGCUCUGGCCCGAGCGGCCAGGGUUCGUCGCUGCUGAGGACGAACUUCAUCCGGGCGUACGUCAAGAUGACUCUUGUGGGCAUCAACACCGACGGUAACUGAAGUCCUCGGAGCUGCCGACGGCCCGACGAUGCAGACACUGGCUGCAGUAAGCUGUCGACUUCUUGCCCGGAGCACCACCAUUUGCCCCGGAAACCAGCCAGACAUUGACCGCGGGGUGUAUCCACAGUUUUUCGAUUGACAGUUUUUCUCGAUCGCAGGUUCCCCUCGCAAUCACGCCGAUAUUCCGUCUGCCGGUGGGAGGGUCGCUCACGCGCAUGUAUUAUUCCACAUCAGAUCGAUGAUUUAUGUGUGUGGAAGUUCCAGAUCGGAUUGACGUUGAUCGUGUGUUUGGAUGGCUGAGGUGACGCGGUAUAGUCUUUUGCGGACGAUUCGGAUCUCGCUGCAUUCCGUCUGCUGACAUUGCAUAUCUCGACGAACAGCUCCUUGAGCUUGCCGAAUUGAACGUGAAAACACGAUUUCAGCAUCGUAUAGUGCGUGUUGGACCCAAACUUAAAGGUGUACUUGUAUUAUUUGAAUCGAAAUCACCGUCGUAGUAGUAAAGCUGACCCUCAACCUAGCGGCGUGAAAUACUUAAUAUUAGAGAGAGAGAGCAAUCGAUCUUUCGAUUGAUCAGGGUCAGCCAAACGGUCAUGGAGAAUCGGAUUUUUUCCCUCCCACAGCGUCAAGAAGCACCCAAGCGUGUUACUCGCCCAUGGAUCUGCCGGCAGUAGGCUAGCGCACGACUUGUCCGUCGCAGACCGCACCGAUCCCGGCUGCUGUCUACCCUUGACUACCUACCCUUCUUCCCACGAAUACAACGUACGGUCAUUAUAGCUGUAUGUGGGGUAUGUUUCAGUCUAAACACGGGUAUAAUGAGCGUACGUUGUAUUCGGGGGACGCAGGUAGUACCGUCUUCGCUCGAUAGAAGCUAUCAUGGCCAUUAUCGCUGUAUUGUCCUUGAAUAAUAUCGCAUGCGUGACCGGGUGAGUCCGUUAGAUAUUGCCGCUAUUUGGUCAUCUGCGAAGUUAACGGGAAAGGGCACGGGGAGCAUGGCUAAAUAAAAACUUGGAUAUUGCCGCUAUUUGGUCACCUGUGAAGUUAUGUGAUCUGUGAAGUUAAGUGGAAAGGGGACGGAGCAUGGCAUGGCUAAGAAAAAACUAAGUGCUUUUAUGCCGCUAUUUGGUCAUCUGCAGAAAGGGUAGGGAGCAUGGCUAAGGAUUAAAGAAAAACUACGUACUUUUGCCGUCUAUGCCGCUAUUUGGUCAUCUGCGAAGUUAACUGGAAAGGGGGAGGGAGCAUGGCUAAGAGAAAAAUAAGUGGAAAGGUGAGGGAGCAUGGUACUUUUGCCGUCAGUCAUUUUUGCUCUUUGGUAAGAGAAAACUAAGUGGAAAGGGGAGGGAGCAUGGCUAAGAAAAAACUAAUUACUUUUGCCGUCAGUCAGGGAGCAUGGCUAAGAAAAAACUAGCAUGGCUAAGAAAAAACUAAGUACUUUUGCCGUAGUCAUUUUUGCUUUUUGGUAGUAGGCUUCCCGUUGUCAUUCUCUGCAACAGGGCUUCUCUCGGGGGCAGAAGUCGGGUAGGCACACACUGUCAGCCGUUUCUUUCUUGCGGCCGAAUGGAGCAAAAUGAGUUUUCUGGUUCGAAUUCGACUAAAUAUCGUCAUGAUGGUGAUAGCCAUGAAAGUGAUGAUGGUGAUUACCACUACGAGGAGGAAUGAAGGAGGUUGGUCAUGACUCAUGAAUCAUGAUGAUGGCUUUCGUAAAUUACUUCGGGUGCACGAGGGAUUGAGUUCGACGCAUGCGUAACCCAUCAUUCGUGUAGGAUGGUAUGGUUUAGUGGAGAUCAG